CGUGUCUGUCACCGUGUCCGUGUCUGACAGACGUCGUCCCGCCCUCCGCCGCCGUCCUCCUCCCCGCUCCCAGCAGCCAGCUUCCUUUUCCCCUCCUCACAAUAACAACAGCCGGGGAGCUAAAGAUGGCCGCCGCAACCAUGGCGGGGCUCGACGCCCACAGGAUGGAGGAGAAGAAGUUCGAGUACUUCUCCUCCAUCAACUCCAUGGCGCGGAAAAUAAUGCAGGAGCGGGAGAAGAUCAAGGCGAAGCACGGCCCGUCAUGGGAGAAGAUGACGCCGCAGGAACAAGACAGCGCCAUCGACAACGGGAUGAUGGACCCUCACAUCCGAGCCCGAUACGCUAUGCACCGAGUGGAGCGUGAAGAAGUGGUGUGUUACCCGAAACUGCUCGUUCAGACGGGGCAGAAGAUCGUCCACUUCGGGGAGGAGGAUAUCACCUGGCAGGACGAGCACUCUGCUCCCUUCUCAUGGGAAACAAAGAGCCAGUUGGAUUUCAGCUUGACGUCGGGCGCUGCAGACCAGGGCGUCUCAUUGUCGGCGGCGGACUCGAAGGCUGCAAAGGUUCCUCAUUCCAACCAGCUUGGCAAAAGUACACCGGGGACCAAGGUGUCCGUCAGCGAAGGAAGGAGGCCAGAGGAGGAGUCGUCUUUCUGGAAGAUCAGCGCUGAGCGGUCCAGGCUGGAGGGAGAGCAAGCCGACUUCCAGUCCAUAACGCCGAGCCAGAUCAAAUCCCUGGAGAAAGGAGAGAAACCGCUCCCCUCCUACCUCCGACAGGAGACUUCUGUCACCUCCAAGGAGCCUGAGGCAGCAGACCCCCACCCUCCAGCUCCAGCUCCUAACAGGUCCACCAAGCACCGAGCACCCAAACCUCCCGCUCCCAAUCCCCCGAUCGCCGCCGCUGUCAGCGCCACGCCGGCAUCCAUCUCCAUCUCACCAAACCCACCCCCGCCCGUCAGCGUGUCCUCGACGGUCGCAGGCUGGGAGCGGUCUCAGAGCACCCUGCCGUCGGCCGGCAGCACCGUGGACGAAGUGUUCUCCUCCGGCAUGAUGUCCAAGCCCUCCAGUAACCCCGUCAGUGUGGAGAGAGAGAGAGGGGAAGAAGCGUCACCCUCCAGCCCCACCUUUGCUCAGUUCAACACGAGCAGCAGCAUCCUGAAGACCGGAUUCGACUUCUUGGACAACUGGUAAACCACAGCCGGGGGAAGCAGUCAGCGCUCCGGAUGGAUCAUUCGCAUCAUCACUCUGAAGAAGGACCACACUGCCAUGACUACAGACAUCCACGUCUACAUUUAACAAACAUUACGAACACGUUAUUUUCUCCUGAUUAUCUCCUGUGGCUUGUUAAGACAUUAUCUCACCGCCUGUGUGCUGGUGUGUGCCCCCUCCUCUCCCCUCCUCUCCCCUCCUCUCCUCUCCUCUC